AUGGCAAACAUCACACCCAGAACCAUCGUGGCACCUGCGGCCGCCUUCACCAUGGCGUGCCUUCUAUUCACAUAUACCCGCUCGUCCAUCCGUCAGGCCAAAGCAAACGCCAAGACGAACCGCGAUGCCCAAAUUAGGAAUCGUCCGUCCUAUCCAGAGGAGCCAGCACCGCCUGAGAAGUAG